AUGAACACGCAAGAGCUGCUCAGCCCGGCGGCUCAGAGACUCCGUACCUACGCUCCUUCCCUCACCGGCUGGUGGCUCGCUCUAACGACGUCAGGUUCUGUUGUAUCAUUCCCUGCAUCACAAUAUCUGCAGGCAUCAGCGGCUCUCAAUGUUGGUGCCGUCUCAACUAGCUUGCCUCAGCUAGAUGAAGCAAUUAGCCCGCCAUCUCCAGAGGAAGAUGGCACCAUGAAUUCGCGCGGAAUCCGCCGUGGUCAAGUGACUGAGGUAUUUGGGCCACCUGGCGUUGGAAAGACGUCUCUAGCACUGAGCAUAGCGGCGAAUGCUCUUAGGGCCGGGGGCAAGGUGGUUUGGAUUGAUACUGGUUCUCCGCUACCCAGGCUACGUCUGCGCGAUAUCCUACAGGGGAGGAUCGAAUCCUCCAAGAACCUGACUCACAUCCGAGCUCAGUCUUUGCCUCACCUACUUGCGCUCUUACUUCAUUGCCCAUCAGGAUUUCCACCCGAGGAUUGCAGUUUACUAGUUAUCGACUCUGCAUCAGGCCCAUUCGCAUCGUAUUUCCCGAACCCCACGGAACUAAAAACCCGUCUUGCGCAGUCCAAGCCAGUCGAUAAAGCGCAGGUUCAAUGGCUGAUGAACCGGAACGCGAAUAUCACAAGCGACCUAGCCAAUCAGCUAAUAAAAUUAGCAACAACACACCAUAUGGCGGUCCUUGCUAUCAACCAAACUCGGACCAGAAUCAAAGGUCAACCGCGUGCCACACUAUGCCCGGUAUUAGCCGGUGGCGCGUGGGAGAGCAGUAUAAGCACUCGCCUCGUCUUGUAUCGUGAUUUUCCAGCCACUGAAACCACUUCUGGAGAAACCACUUCUGGAAGUGUUCGCUUUGCGGAGGUGAUGAAAAGAUCAGGUAGAAUGCUGGCUGUACGGGCGGCGGAGAACAUCAUACCAUUUGUGGUUGAGACGAAUGGCCUGCGCGCUUUGGAUGACCAUCCGUCCCCCGGUACAAUUGCUCAGGAUCUAGACAAGGCGCCGGAAACAAGCCUGCAGAGGAAACGCAAAGUGGACGAAAUUGCUGAUAGUGAGGAUGAGGCAGACUCCGACGCUGAUUACGGAUGGGUUGACGACGACGGACUUGAGGAGUAA